GGGGGUGGUGUGUUUUUUUUUCUUUUUCUUUUUUUCCUUUUUUUUUUUUUUUUUUUUUUCUCUCCCUCCCCUCGGAGGGGGAAGGAUGGGUGGGGAAAGCGAGAGCUCACGAAAGCGAGGCGAGGAGGAAUCCCACAAUACCAGGCGGGUUGCGAGCUCGGCGCUGCUGCUGUCUCUUUAAUGCAAGAGGAAGCGAUGCGGAGGGGUGGAAAAUGGCAGAGUUGCAGAUGUUGCUAGAGGAGGAAAUCCCUUCUGGCAAGCGGGCUCUCCUCGAGAGCUACCAGAACCUCACUCGGGUCGCCGACUACUGCGAAAACAACUACAUCCAGGCUCCAGAUAAAAGGAAAGCAUUAGAAGAGACCAAAGCCUACACAACUCAGUCUCUAGCCAGUGUUGCUUACCAGAUCAAUGCAUUGGCCAACAAUGUAUUACAACUGCUGGACAUCCAAGCAUCCCAGCUACGGAGGAUGGAGUCCUCCAUCAACCAUAUCUCCCAGACUGUGGACAUCCAUAAAGAAAAGGUCGCUCGCAGAGAGAUAGGCAUUUUGACGACCAAUAAGAACACAUCAAGAACUCACAAAAUUAUAGCACCAGCGAACAUGGAACGGCCUGUAAGGUAUAUUCGAAAACCUAUAGACUACACGGUGCUGGAUGAUGUUGGCCAUGGCGUAAAGUGGCUAAAAGCCAAGCAUGGAAAUAACCAGCCUGCAAGAACUGGCACCUUGUCAAGAACAAAUCCGCCUACACAAAAACCACCAAGUCCUCCCAUGUCAGGCCGGGGAACUCUGGGUCGAAAUACUCCUUACAAAACCCUGGAGCCAGUCAAACCACCAACAGUCCCCAAUGAUUAUAUGACCAGUCCUGCCAGACUGGGCAGUCAGCACAGUCCGGGAAGGACGGCUUCCUUGAACCAGAGACCAAGAACACACAGCGGUAGUAGUGGAGGAAGUGGCAGUCGAGAGAAUAGUGGAAGCAGCAGUAUUGGCAUUCCCAUUGCUGUGCCUACACCUUCACCGCCAACCAUUGGACCAGCACACAUUUCUGUUCCUCCUCCUCCUGGAGCCCCGCCAGCACCACCACUGCCACCACCUCUCCCGAUGGGCAGUCUGAUAGCUGCUCCGGGUUCAGCUCCUGGUUCCCAGUAUGGCACAAUGACCAGGCAAAUCUCGCGACACAACUCUACCACUUCUUCAGCAUCUUCUGGUGGAUACAGACGGAAUCCUUCUGUGACUGCCCCAUUUUCUGCUCAACCUCAUGUUAAUGGCGGGCCUCUUUAUUCUCAAAAUUCAAUUUCUAUUGCUCCACCCCCUCCCCCUAUGCCUCAGUUGACUCCACAGAUACCUCUCACAGGCUUCGUGGCCAGGGUGCAGGAAAACAUUGCUGAUAGCCCGACUCCUCCCCCCCCACCGCCUCCCGAUGAGAUGCCGAUGUUUGAUGACUCUCCUCCUCCUCCACCCCCACCCCCUGUGGAUUACGAGGAUGAGGAGGCUGCUGUUGUGCAGUACAGCGAUCCUUAUGCAGAUGGAGAUCCUGCUUGGGCACCUAAAAACUAUAUAGAGAAAGUUGUUGCUAUAUAUGACUAUACAAAGGACAAAGAUGAUGAGCUGUCGUUUAUGGAGGGUGCAAUCAUUUAUGUGAUAAAGAAGAAUGAUGACGGCUGGUAUGAAGGAGUUUGCAAUCGAGUAACUGGCUUGUUUCCUGGGAAUUAUGUUGAAUCAAUCAUGCACUAUGCCGAUUAAAAUCCUUUGCUUUUCAAAGUUGGGUCUUGUAUUCAGUCAUACCAUGAUUAUUUACAAGGGGUAACUAAAAGCUAACAGAGUUGUCUUAAUAUACUUUCCAAAAAAAUGUGCCCAUUUCUUCAGGCCAUACUGUUUGAAUGGUAUGAUUGAAUGUCCAUCUCUCUGAGUCUCUGGAGACAGUAUGUCUUACCUGAUGGCAAUCUGUAAAACAAGCAACUGUCUAUAACUGGUUAUACUUAUUUACUUAUGCAUUGUUAAUUUUAUGACCAGCCUAAAUAUUCUGGGGAAGUAGGGUAUAAUAUUUAAUGAACCAUGAUCAGAUUGUGCCAUUACAUUUUUCAGUACAGCAUGGUAACUAACACUACGUUAGACUAACAUAUUAAAAUCUGGAUGAGAAGUUUAAUGUUAGUGCUGGUCAUAUUACUUUUUGUUUAGACUCUUUGCUCAUUCUUGAACUAUAUUUGUUUAAAGCAUGCAUACAAACUUAUGUAUUGAAAUAUACUUUUUUAAAAAUCCAAGAUGCUUCCAAUUGUUGUAAUCUUUACCUGGAGUAUUCUCACUAAAGUCUAUUACAAUGAGUUGUUUGGGUCUAAGGUGUCCAUGUGAAUCAAAAAAUGGGUGGUCUUAUGUAUGUGUAAUUUGUACCCAAGUUUUUUUAAUGAGUAAAUUUACAUUAUGACUUUUUCCAUUCAUAAAUAUAUAAGUGAACCAAAGGUCUUGUCCAUUACUUUGUUGGUUGGCUUGGCAAAGAAGUUUGGAAUGCUAGCGUAGCAAAAUCAUGGCUGUGUUAUCCCAGGCAAUGUACUAAAACGCAAAUGUUUGUAAUGUGACUAUCACUGACAGAGGGCAAAUAAAUUAGAUAUGAAACCUGAA